AUGGACGGCUCAAUUCAACAUGUGUACUUUUUCCUCGACAACAAGACUACCCAGAACAACAAGCGCAAAGACUCAUCGACUGCAUCUACUAUUGUGCACAGCAGCGCAUACGAAGUACCACCAUUCGACCCCAAGGAGCGCGCCGCUAUGAGCAAGCGUACCGUCGCGACUCGCGGCGCUUCAGAGAGCUCCAGCGACAACUCCAGCACAAACUCCAGAUCCCCUUCCGCAACCCUGUCAGCUACGGCGCCGCCUUUCAUACCACAGAACCGCCCUACAAGCGCCACGGACCUCUUCGAAAUCGCAGCGGCUCCAAGGAAGGGUCUCGGGAUCUUUGCGAAGAAGUCAAUCAAGCGCGGCACUCGCAUCAUCUGCGAGGCACCUCUCCUGCGCAUUACCAGUAACGACCCACCCUUGGCAUGGGAGCAGUAUCAGAAGUUGACUCCGCAAUUGAAGCAUGAGUACGACCAGCUCCACCGAUUCCACCGUACUGAGCUCGAUCUCGAGCGAGAGGCGCGCCAACGUCUCCCUGGCUCAAACGACAGCAAUGUGCUGGCCGAGCAGGUCGCCGUCAUGGAACGCUUCAGCGCGAACAAUUUCCUCAUCGCCGGUGGCCACCACGCCGUCUUUCUCCUGUCAUCUCGACUGAACCACUCCUGCGAGCCGAACGUCUUCCAGUCCUUCAACCCGACUCUAGGCAUGAAGACCGUGUACGCUAUGCGCGACAUUGAAGCAGGAGAGGAGCUGGUCACCAACUACAUAGGACGUGAGUGCCACUACCUAGUCCGCAUCCAACGCUGGGAGAUCUUCCGAUCUCAAUGGGGCUUCACGUGCCAGUGCGACGCCUGCACAGAUACGACUGGUCGGUCGGACAACCGUCACAUGCUCCUGACAAACCUCUUCACGGGCCUCCAAGAGUUCGAACAGGGCAACAGCACUUCAUGCAAUCCAUUUCUGCCAUCGAACAUCGUAGUCGCUCUCGAUCAUGCCCAAGACAUUCUCAGCAUCUGCCUCGAAGAGAAGAUGUAUGGCAUGGAGCUCUGCACAGCACAUCGCAUGAUCUCCAGCUAUGCUCUGGACCUUCAGGAUUUCCACACAGCUUGGGAAGCGGCUAAGAACGAGCACGAAGUGGAGCGCAACCUUAUGGGCACGGAGUUGGACGAUCUCAAGGCGAAGGGUGCUGGCAGUGAGGUGUGGAUGGCCCACGUCUACAAGGUGAUGAAGCAGGCUGGAUUCAAUUCAGAGCAGCGCCGGAAGAGAAACAAGAAGCACAACAACAAGAAGAAGCCACAGAAGGAGAACCGGGAGAAGAACGAGAGCAAGUCGCACAAGAAGGGUGCAAGGGCUCCAAAGGCUACCUAG